AUGGAGCAUUAUAUGCCGGAAAUCUUCUGGCAUGAUAGAAAAGCAAUACUAUCCGUAGACAGUCACCCAGUGGUCAAAGAUGGAGCUUAUAGGAUUGUAACAGCCAGCGUCCAACGAGAGGUUCGCAUUUGGCGAUUUGAAUAUGAACAAUGCACGAAAGUUCCUUCAAAAUAUCAGUUAGCGGUCACAUUUCUAGCGAACCUUGUUGGGCACAAUGUCGCCAUAAAUGAAGUGAAAUUCAGUCCAAAUUCAGAAUUGAAUUUGCUCGCAUCUGGAGAUUCGGAUGGCCGUAUAGCCAUAUGGCAACUAUCCGAUGCACCAAAUACUGCACCUGCUAUUGAUGAUUUACCACCAAACAAGGAAAAUUGGGUUCGAUUGCGAAUUUUAAAUCACGAUAGUGAAGUCACGAGCGUUGCAUGGAGCCCUGAUGGUAGACUGCUUGCUUCCGUUUCUAAUGACGAGUCGCUUUUGGUACACGAUGUUACAUCCGGCAAGCGAUGUGUGACGGUUCGAAACCUAAGACACUUUCCUAAUGGUGUAACAUGGGAUCCUAAAGGAAAAUAUAUUGUAACAAUGUCAACUGAUCGCAAAAUGGAUGUGAUAGAUGCAGCUAAAGGCACACGGUUACGAAUGUUCGGGGUAUCUGCUUUACCCGAGGUCACAAUCGGAGAUGUAUCUUUAGAACAUAAGGUGUACAAGCUUUUCCAUGACGAUCAGCUUAUGAGUUUUCAACGAGGAGUGGCUUUCUCGCCCUGUGGACAGCUCAUAAUUGCUCCAUGUGCAAAUUUAGAAAUUCACACACGUGAAGUUUUUGGAACGUAUAUUUUCAAAAGGAGCGAACUAGACAGCGACAAACCGUUUGCCUUUUUACCAUGUCCGAAAGCUACGUUUCUAAUAAGGUGUUGUCCAUUAUUAAUGACCCUUAAGAAGGAUCAAGAGAACUAUUCUGGGCUUCCCUACCGAAUUUUGUGGUUGGCCCUCACCAAGGACACCGUAUAUUUUUACGACAGCCAGCAUCCCUACCCAAUUGGUCUCGUAGAGAAUAUACAGUACAAUAGUUUGACGGAUGCCGCAUGGAGCGCUGAUGGAAAGAACAUAAUCAUUUCGUCGUUGGAAGGAUAUUGCACAUUCCUAAAGCUUACAGUCGAACAAUGGGGAUGCAAGGUUUUUUUGGUUUUACUGCUGUUUGUUACAUUUCUUUUCCCCAAUUCAGAUAGGUAUCUUUUUGCAUUUCAGAUUGAACAGGAGCAAGCUGAAGAAUGUCCACCUUCCCCACAACUUAUACAAUCGAAAAAGAGGAAACCUAGGGAGAAGAAAAACAAAGGUAGUGCACCCUUCGACUAUUCCCCGUUUUAA